GGGCUAGGCCCCGGGCGGCUCCAGCCCUGGGCGGCCCGCAGAGGGCUGGGCCCAGCCCCCGGCUCCGGUUCCCGGGCCGGCGGGCGGCCGCUCACCAUGCCCGGCAAGCACCAGCACUUCCAGGAACCCGAGGUCGGCUGCUGCGGGAAAUACUUCCUGUUUGGCUUCAACAUCGUCUUCUGGGUGCUGGGAGCCCUGUUCCUGGCCAUUGGUCUCUGGGCCUGGGGUGAGAAGGGUGUUCUCUCCAACAUCUCGGCGCUGACAGAUCUGGGAGGCCUUGACCCCGUGUGGCUGUUUGUAGUGGUAGGAGGCAUCAUGUCGGUGCUGGGCUUUGCCGGCUGCAUUGGGGCCCUCCGGGAGAACACCUUCCUGCUCAAGUUUUUCUCCGUGUUCCUUGGCCUCAUCUUCUUCCUGGAGCUGGCAACAGGGAUCCUGGCCUUCGUCUUCAAGGACUGGAUUCGAGACCAGCUCAACCUCUUCAUCAACAACAAUGUCAAGGCCUAUCGGGACGACAUUGAUCUCCAGAACCUCAUUGACUUUGCUCAGGAAUACUGGUCUUGCUGUGGAGCCCGAGGGCCCAACGACUGGAACCUCAAUAUCUACUUCAACUGCACUGACGUGAACCCGAGCCGGGAACGCUGCGGGGUGCCCUUCUCCUGCUGCGUCAGGGACCCUGUGGAAGAUGUCCUCAACACUCAGUGUGGCUACGAUGUUCGGCUCAAACUGGAGCUGGAGCAGCAGGGCUUCAUCCACACCAAAGGCUGCGUGGGCCAGUUUGAAAAGUGGCUGCAGGACAACCUGAUCAUCGUGGCUGGGAUCUUUGUGGGCAUCGCCCUCCUCCAGAUCUUUGGUAUCUGCCUGGCCCAGAACCUCGUGAGUGACAUCAAGGCAGUGAAGGCCAACUGGAUCAAACAUGACGAUGGCUACAGACUACUCAAAUAAACAAAACCUUGAAAACCA